AUGAGUAUCUUGUCAGAGAAAGCUGGUCAUGAUCUCUUUGUCUAUGGCAGUCUCCAGGAUCCCCAAGUGGUUUAUGUGGUUCUGAAUCGCGUCCCUGAUCAUGUCUCCGCCGUACUCUCCGGCUUUCACAGGUUUAGAAUCAAGAAUCGUCUUUAUCCAACCAUCCUACCAGACGGUACCGGAGAAGUCACCGGAAAGGUGCUAAAGGGCAUAACAGAUGAGGAACGUAAGUUGUUAGAUGAGUUUGAGGAUGUUGAAUAUGACAGAAAGGCUGUUGAAGUGGUGCUAACGGAUACUUCAGAGAAGCUGCAAGUAGAAACAUAUGUAUGGGCGAAUAAAGAUGAUCCUGAUCUUUAUGGCGAAUGGGACUUCGAGGAAUGGAAACGAGAUGAGAGGGAAACUUUCAUCACUGCCACAAAGAAAUUUGUGGAAGAGAGGAAAUUACCUGAAGCAAAGACGAGGAUAGACACAUUCAAAACGUUCACUAAGCAGGAUACUUCUGCUGAGGAUGGGAAACCUCUGGAUUCGUAA